AUGACAACUACUACAUUAAAUUUGUUUGCCACCAAAAAACUUAACAGCGAUAACUACGCUACAUGGAAAAAUAUUAUCAACAUUGUCCUUAUAAUCGAUGAAUUGCGAUUCAUCCUCAUUGAAGAGUGUCCUCAAGUCCCACCUACAUGCUACUCGAAUGUUCGGGAGGCAUAUAAGCAAUGGGUCAAGGCGAAUGAAAAGGUUCGAGCAUAUAUCCUAGCCAGGUUACCUGAAGUUUUGGCCAAGAAGCAUGAGCCCAUGUUCAUGACCCGUGAGAUCAUGGAGUCCCUAAUAGGAAUGCUUGGAUAA